CCCUCGGGUGCGAUUCCUUUGCAGGGCUGUUGAGGUAAUAAAGAGAGAGCGUUGGAUGUUUAAAGUGUCAGGGGGGCUGUACGUGAGCCGACAGCAGCUGCCACUCAAACUGGCCUGGGCCAUUUCAAUCCACAAGAGUCAGGGCAUGACUCUGGAUUGUGUGGAGAUCUCUUUGGCACGUGUGUUUGAGAGCGGCCAGGCCUAUGUUGCUCUGUCACGGGCCCGGAGUCUAGAAGGCCUGCGUGUGAUGGACUUUGAUCCGCGAGUAGUGAGGGCCAACCAGGAUGUGCUGCUCUUUUAUAAGAGACUGAGGAAAGAGAGGCUGCUCAUGCAGUCCUCAAUGAAUGACUUUGUUGGACAGAGCUAUAAGGAGAAUUCCCAUUGGUGAGGUGGUGAUAUGAAGCUCUGAUUUUCAUAUGCACUGUGUGCAUGAAUGCAUCAGGAACAUGUUUAAUUCAGUUAGCAUUUCUUAUUGGGUAAAUUAUAAUACCCUGCUUUUCAACUGAGCGAUUAUUUAUUUUUUAUAAAUAUUGCCCUAAACCCUGUUUUAUGUAACCAUGUAUUUAUUUUAAUAAA